AUGGCUCCCACCGGCCAUAUGACCUACCAGAAGGACGAGAGAGUCCUCUGCUUUCACCAUGAGAUUCUGUACGAGGCCAAGAUCCUUGACCUGAGGCACACGGAUCCGGAAGACCGCAAAACCCCUUUCGAGUACUUAGUCCACUACAAGGGCUGGAAGAACACCUGGGAUGACUGGGUGCCUCAAGAUCGCCUUCGUAAAUUUACGGAGGAGAAUCGCGAGUUAGCCACGACUCUCCGUCGCGAGGCCGAGGCAGCGUUCCGUCAGAAGAGCACCAAAACCUCCGUGAAGAGGAGGGGAGGCUCCGACCGCAGCUCCGCCCGGGACAGCGAGGAAAGGCAAACCUCAGUUCCUGGCCGCGGGACCAAGAGAGCUCGGGACAACGAUAUCGAAAAGGAGGAGAGCUUCUAUGUGCGGCCUUCCGUCAGGAUAGUCAUGCCAGAUAAUCUGAAGUCUCUUCUGGUGGACGACUGGGAGAAUGUCACCAAGAACCAACAGGUUGUGGCUUUGCCCGCCAAGUCCUCUGUCAAUCAGAUUCUGGACGACUACGUCAACGAGGAGAAGCCCAAACGCGGGAGCUCGGUCGACAGCGAUGUUCUUGAUGAAGUGGCCAUGGGUGUCCGCGAGUACUUCGAAAAAGCCCUGGACAAGGUCCUUCUCUACCGGUUCGAACGCGAGCAGUAUCGGGCCCUCCGCAAGAAGUGGGAAACUGGCUCUGGCGACUACGCCGACAAAGGAUCGCUCGACAUCUAUGGCGCUGAGCAUCUGACCCGCCUUUUCGCAACGAUGCCAGAGCUCAUCGCACAAACAAAUAUGGAUCUCCAGUCCACAAACCGACUCCGGGAGGAGCUCUCCAAGUUCACCAUCUGGCUGAGCAAGAACUCCAGCAAGUACUUCGCCACGAGGUACAUGACCGCCAGCAACGAGUACAUCGAGAAAUCUCGCGGUGUUCCUAACCCAAAUCCCGGAACUGCCACCUCGCGUCUGGUCUGA